AUGUCUAAUUCGUCUUCAUCUGAAGAAGAAGAAGAAGGUGAUAAUAUUAUUGCUGGAAAUGAUAGUAAUAGAGGAGAAUAUGAACCUCCGUCGCCGUCGCGGCGCAUGCGAUCAUCCGCCGGCGACGUCAGAGUCUGGCCUGAACCAUUCAUUGAAGCUCUCGCUUUCCAAGUCGCCGUCGACGCUUCGGAUUCAAUCGGACGCUUCGCUGUUGCCCCCGCACUUUUCAAUCUUUUUCUGGUGUGUUCUACAUGGCGGGAGGUGUCACGUUCGGAGCUACUAUGGAAAAACCUAACCCGUCAUGUAUGGAAUCGCCACCACCUUCUCCAACCUCACCACACAUGGCGAGAAGAGUAUGUUUUUCGCCAUAGGACCCACCGUAAUUUUCGCACUCGCCGCCAUUCGUAUUCGACUCUUCAUUUCAAUGACAAUGUCGAGGAUGAUGACGAUGAAGAGAAUGUUCUUUCUUGUCGACGUCUCGCCCUCUCGGAUCGUCAUCUUGCUGCUGGAUUUUCAGACGGGUCUGUUCGUCUGUUUCAUCUCCAGUCGAGGAUACAUCUAUAUACCUUCCUCCCUAAUCAUCGCGACUUGCUCGGUCGGUUUUCGUGCGCGGUAUCGGGUAUUAUACUGUCGGAGAUUCGUCUUGUCUUUGCAUCGCACGAUGGCGAUAUCCAUGUUGCUCCCAUUGAUAAUUCUGUGGCAGCCCGUCGCGCUCGAUAUGGAGAUGCCCUUAACGAUGGUGUUCUUGUUGACUUCUCCGGUAGUAAUCGUUGGUGGGUGGGUCUUUACGCAGGGGUUCCGGGUCGAGCCUUUCAUGUUUGGGAUGCGGAAAGUGAGGAGUUGGUGUUUGUUGGCGGCACACUAACUGACUCGGAAUCUGUUAUGGGUUGGAACCUCUUGACAGAGCUAACCAACUUUGUAGGACGAGUUAGAGUGACGAAUCAUGGACUGGCCAUAGCAUGCACAUCACACCGCGUGAUGGUGUUCGAUCUAGGUAACCUAGGGUUCAUCGUGGCUGAAGAAGCACCCCGGCGAGGCGUGCUGGUUGGUUCGGUGGAUUCGAAUGGGGAGUCUAUGGUUUUGGUUGAUCGGCGUGGCAUGGGUAGAGUGCGUGUGCCAGGAACACUUGAAGAAGCUUGUAGGUUCGUUGUUAGGGGGGCUGCGGCGGGAAGAAUGGUGGUUGGUUGCAUGAACAUGGGGUUUGUUGUAAUGUGUAUAGAAGGACGAUGGAGCGUUUGGGAGGCGGAGAAUGGGGGUUAUCUUUACGACCUCCGGGAAAGAAUUGGGGCAGCGAGUGUCAUGAGUGUCAUGAGUGUCGAUGAGUGCCACGUGGCGGCGUGGUCAUCGGGUGACUGGAGUAGGAUUCAUUUAUGGGACUUUGGUGAACGAUAG